AUGGUUCGUGAAUGGCCUCCCGACGAACUGAAGUACCUCCUAAGCCUGCCGGCGGACCAAAUUUCAUCUGCCCUAGAGAAAGCUUCCGCCGUAGCACCUAAAGCCGCCAUAAAUUCGAGUGCCGUCUCUGCAGGAAUUCCCCUGGCUGACGGUGCUACAACAAAAUUGAUUCCCAACGGCCCCCGUCCUCAAGAUCGAAAAGUGACGGCCAGCGGCUCAUCUCUUUUGUUGUGGGAGGCCGACCAAAAUCCGUCAGUAGUUCCCGCAGUCAACAUCGCCGAAGACCAGAUGGUGGCGGCGCAUAAACCUCAGCAAGCUCUAGUCACGGCUUCUCUAUUUGGGCCGGUUAGUACUCCUUCUCUUAUCCCUCCCUCUGGGCCUUCUCUACGCAAGCCCAUUCCUCUGUUUUUUAGGUCCAAUUCAGUUGGGCCCAUUUUCACAGCCCCAACCCUCCAGUCAGGCCCAAACUUCGUCCUGCCCACACAAUCCGUCCCAAGCUCUGUCCAACACCUCCAACCCGCCCCUUUCUCCUCGUCAACACAAACCAGUGGCCUUGGACCGAAAAAAUCCUUCCUCUCGGUCGCCCAACACACCGUCCCUACCGAGCCCUUCUCUUAUGGCUCUCUUUCCCUCUCCGGUAGCAUCCCGGAGGCCAUUCCAACAAUCGCCAACAUCUUUGGCACGCUUCUUCAAGUCUACGAUGCUACACGAAACAAAACCCGGCUUCACUAUGCACGCUUUUGCGUAGCUUUGAAUAUCGAAUCCCCCCCACCCGAUCAUAUUGUUGUUUCUUGCGGAAACAAAUGCAUCGAACUCAAUGCUGAGUUCGAACGCUUUCCAAAAUACUGUUACAUAAAAAACCCAAUCCUUCGCCCCGCAAAAAUUAACAAAGUCAACAAAAGUGAAAAACUGCUUUUUGAGCCCACUCUCCAAAAAUCUAGCCCAUCCACUCAAAACUUUUCCCUCUCCGACCCCCUCACUUCUUCUAUCCCCUCUACCUCCCCUCCACCUCUAGUCGAGGCCCCAACCUCAGACCCAACCUCCAUUCUUGACCCCUCUUCAUCCUCUCCACCCUCCUUUCUUGAUGUGGGAUCAGGCAAUGAGCCUGACUCUUUGGAGUUGGGAUCACGUAAGCCCAACUCAGUGCUAGUCGAGAGUAGCUCUACUGACUCUGAACCAGACUCCCCUAACCACUCUCUUCCCCUCCCAAAAUUUGAGGACGACUUCACCGUUGCCCCAAAUUUUUGGCACAACCCUAAUACAGCCCUCCCUAGCCCCUCUACUCCACUUUCUUACACCAACUCCUCUGGGAAAAAACAACGGGUUAGGCGGAGCACGAGGCAGAAGAAAAAACCUAACCGAGAAGGUUUUAUCGAGAUUUACUGA